AGCCAGUUAUUUGCGGGUAGGCGCUGUAGCCAUUUCGCCACAUGAAAGCAUGAUGCGCUGAGCGACCAACAUCCGAGGAGUUGGUGAAGGGAAGUCAGCUUUGAGAAUCUCCGCGGGCGCGCGCACACAUGCGAACCAACUCGCGCGUGAUUACGCACGGCGCACGCACGCACACACCUCCUCCUCUUCCUCCGCGGAAAAAACAGUGAGAGAAAGAGGAGCAGAGUGAGAGGGUAGACCAACUUCCAACUCUCCCAUGUGGAAAGCAGAGGUUUGCAGAGAAGGUGCAUUUUUUCCCCUCUUCGGAGCUUUUUCCCACUCUGUCCCUCUCUUCCUCUGAGUGGUUUGCUUUUUUUCUUUCUCCCCUUCAUCCCGGAUAUUUCCGUUUCUAUGAGAGUCUUGCUCGGCGAGGAGAGAAGUUUGGUUGUUUGCCUGGUCGGCUGAGGAGAAGGUGGAGAAGAAGAAUCUGGUGAGAAGUGGGGAAAGAUGGUCCACAACGCCGCUUGGAGAAGGAGCUUCCUGUGCGUCCUGGCGCUCUGUCUCAGCUUUGCGUCCCCGCCGUGCAAAGCUCGGAUUUACACGAACCACUGGGCAGUCAGGAUAGCCGGCGGACCCGAGGUGGCCGAUCGAAUAGCGGAUAAAUAUGGCUAUAGGAACAUGGGACAGAUCGGGGAUCUCAAAGACCACUACCACUUCUUCCACAGUCGAACUAUCAAGAGGUCCACUUUAUCUAGCCGUGGCCGUCAUAGUUUCAUCUCCAUGGAGCCAAAGGUGGAGUGGAUAGAACAGCAGGUGGUGAAGAGGAGGAUCAAGAGGGAUUACAAACCUGUCCCACCCCUGUCCCAGACGAGCCCCGCCCACAGCAUCAGCUUGGCCCAAAACAGCAUUUUCUACAAUGACGCCAAGUGGAGCAGUAUGUGGUACAUUCACUGCAACGACGACGUCCACAAUUGCCAGUCGGACAUGAAUAUCAUGGGAGCGUGGAAGAGGGGCUACACGGGUAAAGAUGUGGUGGUCACCAUCCUGGAUGACGGGAUUGAGAGAACCCACCCGGACCUUUUACAGAACUACGAUCCUCAAGCAAGCUACGAUGUCAAUAGCAAUGAUCUGGAUCCCAUGCCGCGAUAUGAUGCAACCAAUGAGAACAAACACGGCACACGUUGUGCAGGUGAAGUAGCUGCGGCUGCAAACAACUCCCACUGCAUUGUGGGAAUCGCCUACAAUGCCAGAAUAGGAGGUGUCCGAAUGCUGGAUGGAGAUGUAACAGACAUGGUUGAGGCCAGGUCUCUGAGCCUCAACCCGCAGCACAUUGACAUUUACAGCGCCAGCUGGGGACCCGAUGAUGAUGGGAAGACUGUGGAUGGACCAGCAUCUCUGGCCAGGCAGGCAUUUGAGAACGGCAUCCGCAUGGGAAGAAAGGGCCGUGGCUCUAUCUUUGUGUGGGCUUCUGGAAAUGGUGGGCGCAGCAGAGACCACUGCUCCUGCGAUGGUUACACCAACUCCAUCUACACCAUCUCCAUUUCCAGCACGGCUGAGAGCGGACGAAAGCCCUGGUACCUGGAGGAAUGCUCUUCCACCCUGACCACUACGUACAGCAGUGGGGAGAACUACGACCGAAAGAUUAUCACAACAGACCUGAGACACCGAUGCACAGACAGUCACACAGGGACAUCGGCCUCGGCUCCCAUGGCAGCUGCCAUCAUUGCUCUGGCCCUGGAAGCAAAUCCUUUAUUAACUUGGAGAGACGUUCAGCACAUCAUUGUAAAGACCUCGAGAGCCGGACAUCUUAGUGCUCCUGACUGGAAGACUAACGGUGCUGGUUACAAUGUCAGCCACCUGUACGGCUUUGGCCUAAUGGAUGCUGAGGCAAUGGUGAAGGAGGCGGAGCAAUGGAAGCAGGUCCCCGCCCAACACGUCUGCGUGGAGACUGCCGACAGACAAAUCAGCAGAACCAUCCGUCCGGAGCAUCUGGUUCGCUCUGUCUACAAGGCGACUGGAUGUUCGAACAACCCCAACCUCAAAGUGGUCUCAUUGGAGCAUGUGGUCGUACGCAUUACAAUCACACACCCUCGUCGUGGGGACCUGUCAAUCAACCUGACCUCACCAUCAGGAACCAAGUCUCAGCUGCUCGCCAACAGGUUGUUUGAUCACUCCAUGGAGGGCUUUAAGAACUGGGAAUUUAUGACCACCCACUGCUGGGGAGAGCCAGCAGAAGGCGACUGGAUCCUGGAGAUCUACGACUCACCCUCUCAACUCCGCAGCCAGAAAGUGCCUGGAAAGUUGAAGGAGUGGUCUCUGGUGCUGUAUGGCACCGCUGUCCAUCCGUACUCCACACAGCCAAAGCCUCGCAACGCAGGUGAUCAGCAGCCAGUUGAAGAGGAGUACAAUGGUCCCUGUGAUCCUGAAUGCAGCAACAAUGCCUGUGAGGGUCCCGGACCACACCACUGCAAUAACUGCCUCCACUACUUCCUCAAGUUCAAGAACAACACCAGGAUGUGCGUCUCAGAGUGCCCCAGUGGCUUUUUCCGCGAUGACAGGAAGCGCUGUAAGAAAUGCUCCUCCAUGUGUGAGACCUGUGUCGGCAGCCGAAGUGACCAGUGCAUCACAUGCAGGACAGGUUAUCACCUCAUCGAGGGCUCCAACACAUGUGCUGCCAACUGUGCCGACGGCUCCUUCCUCGACAUUGAUUCCAACAUUUGCAGAAGAUGUCAGGAGAACUGUAGGAGGUGUACCGCCUCCAAUAUCUGCACCGAGUGUAAACCUGGAAUGAGUCUUCAAGGACAUAAGUGCCAGAUGACCUGUAACCCUGGAACCUAUUUCAACGGCCACAGGAGGACGUGCGAGCCUUGUCACCGGGCAUGUGCCACCUGCGCAGGAACAGGCAUAGAGGCGUGUACGAAAUGUGCUGAUGGCUAUUUACUUGAGGACUGGCGGUGCGUGUUAACAUGCAGCCCUGGUUACUACCUGUCAGAUCAGAUCUCAGACAACGGGCAGGUGCAGAGGUCCUGUAAGAAAUGUGACAAUAGUUGUUUUGAGUGCCUGGGACCUGGGGAGCUAAACUGCAGCAGCUGCAACAGUGGCUACAACCUGGAGGCGGGAACCUGCGUAGUUAGCACCGUCUGUAAAGAUGCAAAUGAAGAAUCUUGGGCGGAAGGCGGUUUCUGCGUGCUCGUUAAAAAGAACAAUCUCUGCCAGAGGAGAGUGCUGCAGCAGCUGUGCUGCAGAACGUGCUCGCAAAAGGGGUGACGGGACAUGGUCGGCGGGCACAUACGGAGUGCAAGGAAGGGGAGGGGACGCGGGGGCACAGGGGGCAACCCUCUGCUUCUUUAACCUCCUCCCUCCCUCCGUCUGCCCGAGCAUUCACAGUCACAUAAUUUAUAAGAAAAUCUGUGCCUCUUUAAAGGACUGCAUCGGAGGUGCGAUGACAGGACUACAACAAACCUACCUUUUUCAGUACUCGGACAUACACGUGGUCAGGGUGCAACACGACUGGGACUUACUUCAAGAAAAAUGAGCUUAUGAAAACGACCACAAAAAAACAAGCAAAAGAAUAAACAUGUUGGUAUUUUGUGACCAAAGCAUUGAUGCCAAAAUAAUCGAACCUUCUUUUUAUUUGUUUCCAGUGUACAGAGCAUAGUUAAAAAAAGCAAAAAAAAAAACAAACCAGGAUCCUCUCAGCCUGCGAAUCUAUCAAUACAUCUGAGUGCAUUUUUUGUUUUGGCCCCUUUUUCUCAUCUCUUUCCAGUGCUAACGACCAACAGAUGGAGAAAGGGAACAUACAGUAGGAAAGGCCAUGGUUUUCUGCCUGUAAAUAUACGUCAAAGCAGGGGAGGAAUAAAAAUGUAGCUCACUCGGUAAUGUGAAAAUAAUGUCUCUGGGCUGACUUAGACUGUUUGAGGGGAGAGAAGACAAAUUCACACUUUAAUAUGUACCACACAUGCAGUGCACUGAUGCAUAUGUAUAUUUAUAUAUACACCACACACAAUCACCUUUUAGACAUGAGCGCAAACACAUAACUCAGCCCUUACUUGAAGAUAGACUCAAAUAUUGUCAACGUACGCCAAGACUGAUGCACGUUACUGAGCAAAAGCAACUCUUUUCAUUUACUUUAAACAUCCAUCAUCCUCUGAGUAGUGUGUGUGUGUGUCUGUGUGUGUGUGCAUGAUUAUCUUCAUUGCUGUGUCCAGGAGAUUGCCAUUAAUUCUUGAUGUAAGCCCAGACGGCAUUGAUUCAUUCAAGAGUCGAUAGUCAUUCUUUCCAGAUCUUUCUGCAGGGAGUGGAGCUCCGCAGUAAGUUAUAAUGAAUUUGUGGUACUAGGGAUGUACCGAUGCCACGUUUUUCACAUGCGUGACGAAGAUUUAAGGCUCCCCCCCUCAAAAAAUCCACUGCAGCAAUUAACAGUUGAAAGCUUCGUGUUUUACUUUGUUGAAUAAGAAAACUGCAAUAUCACUCAGACUUGUUACAGGGAUCUGAAAAUGAUGGAAAUGUUGGCUUGUUUUUUCCCACAUGCCCUAUAUGACACAACUUAAGGGAAAUGAUGUCCAGUAAUGCUAUUGUAACUGUAUCGGUGCAUCCCUAUAUGUUACUGUUCUCGAAUAAAAUAGAAUUUUAGAAGUUUCUGCUCUCUUGAUUCUGUUAUGUUGACAAUAUGCAUGAACUUGAGCUCCCCACAACCGUUUGGAUACACAGGCCAGAAGUAAUCCAGCUACUGCCGUGUUUCAUUGUCAGAUGAAGCUCACUGAUGGGCAGUUCAGUGGUAAAUGGCUGUCCACAUUACCAUCUUAGUUAAUAUUCAAAAUUGGAUCAUUUUGGUAAAACCUGUGUUUUUCAUGCUAAAACGGUCAUCCCAAAUUUUUUUCUUUUCUUCCCAUUUAAGAACUGUCAGUCACGCAUUUAAAAGAAAAAAAAAGGUUGAUAGGUGUCAUAAAGCUGUGUUUCCCUCCUGUUAGUCUCUGAACUUGACCUGAUGCUAAAUUGAGACGAACAAACAGACAGGAAAAAAGAAUA